AUGGCCGCGUCAAACUCCUCCUCUUCCACCUCUUCUCUUCCCCCUUUCUCCUCGCCCAGCGUUGGCAGCAGUGGCCAGUUCUACUAUCACUAUGACCAGUCUACCUCUCUGUCCCAUGUACACAUCCACGACGACGGUCUCUACCACACUCAGCCAAUUGAUCCCCUGCUGCAAGACCCGGACUCUCCAGAUGGCCGCGAGCAAUCAUGGGACGUGACAUACUUUCAACCUCCUCCUGCCGACCCUUCCCUCGAUCCCAGUGCCUCCAACAUCUACCAGCAAGCAUGCGGACCAAAUGACUCGCCAUACCCCAUCAGCUUCAUUGAAAGCAGCCCAUCCAUUGGCAGCGAUGGCAACUUUGAGAUGGUGGACCCUCCCACUCCACCGGACGCGCAGGUCAUCUCGCUCGGCAGCCCAUACGACUCUGACGCCUCGGUUGAGCAGCAGGAGAUUAGCUACUAUCCACGCCCGCAGGAUAGCACGUCAUUCUACCCCAUGGGAAUCAUCGGGCUCAACAACUCUUGCACGUUCAGUACCAACUCCUUGACGAUUGUUGGCACGCACGGCCCCAUUGAUGCUGUCGACGUUGGCACCAGACAAUAUCCUCUCCGCACCACGCUGCCCUAUGUGAACUCGGCCAGACGCAUCAAAGAAGAGAGCCAGACCCCAAGCCUUGACGAGAGGUUCUUUUCCAACAGGGUCCCCGCACGGAAGCGUGCUCAAAUCGCACGAUGCCAUACCAAGACCGGUUCGUGGAAGCGGGCCUCUCCCGACCACGAGUCCUCACCGAGCGGCGACAAGAAGCGCAAGAUCCACACGACCAACAAAAGGUUCUGCCACAAGUGCAAGAAGAACUUCCCGAGCCGAACGUCCCUCGACGAGCACACAGGCUCGGAGCACCCUCGCCCCUACAUCUGCGUCUUCCAUUACGCCGGCUGCAACGCCAGAUUCGACGCAAAGAACGAGUGGAAGCGCCACGUUAGCACCAAGCAUCUGGGCUUGAAGUACUGGGUCUGUACUGAGGGCAAGUGCGCCGACGAGCGACAGUCGUCCAACCAGCGAUACGCAGGACUGCCAUCGUACGGCAACAUCUUCAACCGCAAAGAUCUCUACACCCAGCACAUUCGGCGGAUGCACGCCUCAGUCAUUGGCCAGGGCACUACAGACUACAGGGGUGCAGAUGCAAGAUCUGACCUCAUGGUCAAGAAGAUGCAGGAGGAUGCCCUGCGCAUCAGAUGCAGACUCCCAACCUGGAUGCCUUGCCCCGUGCAGGCGUGCGACAAGUCCUUCACCGGCGCCACCGCUUGGGACGAGCGGAUGGAGCACGUGGCCCAGCAGCACUUUGACAAUGCAGCUGCCGGCCGGGAGCCUCCCGUCGAGUUUGGGGGCGCUCACGACACCGUCCUGACUGAGUGGGCACAGCGCGCUGACAUUCGUAUUGUCAAGAGGACCGAGGUGGGUUGGGAGCUCUGUGAACCCCUGAAGGGAGAGGCAGAGUACAGAAUGGCCACUCCAGAUGUUGAGGAGUGA